UUCGGAGGAGCGUCGCCAGGCGGCAGCACGAAUUCACGAUGGAGGACAUGAAAACUGGAAGCAGCAGAGAUCCCAAGCAGAAAAAUGUUAACAAGGCUCACAUACUGCCACAAUACUUGGCCAGUUUCACAGUGUCCCUGGGAGCCUUCGGCCAGGGCACGGUGGCCGGCUGGACGUCCCCCGCGGGCCUGCCCCUUCUCGGUGGCGCGAUGCACUUCACGGUGUCGGACAUACAGCUGUCCUGGAUCGGAGCGCUGAUGGCCCUGGGUGCCGCCGCCGCCGUCAUCCCCAUGGGCUGCAUGAUCGACAAGGUCGGCCGCAAGACAUCCAUGCUGCUGCUGGUCGUGCCCUUCACCGUAGGGUGGGCCCUCAUUAUAUGGGCCGACUCGGUGGGAAUGCUGUGCGCCGGUCGCUUCCUCACUGGCAUGGCGGGCGGAGCUUUCGCGAUCUCCGGGCCCGUAUACACCACGGAGAUAGCGCAGAAGGAGGUCCGUGGCUUGAUGGGCAGUUUCUACCAGAACCUCGUCGUCUCCGGCAUACUCUUCACGUAUGCCGUGGGGAGUGCCCUCUCACCAUUCUGGCUGUCCGUCGUGUGUGCGGGGGUGCCCUUGAUGUUUGCAGUGACCUUCGUGUUCAUGCCCGAGACCCCGCAGUACUUUCUCAAGGCGGGCGAGCCGAAGAAGGCGAGAGACGCUCUGCGGUGGCUGAGAGGCCCCGACUACGACAUGGAGCCCGAGCUGCAGGAGAUGCAUGAAGCAGUGGAGGAGGAGAGCAGGAACAGCGCCUCGCUGAGGGAGCUGUUCGCCUCCAGGGGCACGCUCAAGGGACUGGUGGUCUCCGUGGGGCUGCUCAGCCUGCAGCAGCUCAGCGGCACCAACUUCGUCACCUUCUACACCACCGUCAUAUUCCAGGCCCUGGGGAGCUGCGGCCUCUGCUGCGAGGUGGGCCCCUCUGAUGGUGAAGCCGGCCUCCAGCAGACGUCCUUCUCUGGUGCUACUGCUGGGGCGGGCCUUGGUGCCGGUCGUGCAGUGGCCAGCUCAACCACCAGCAUCAUCUCAUAUGUGGCCCACGAGAUAUACUUGGAAGCGGGAAGCCAGAUCUCUCCCUCGCUGGCCACCAUCAUGGUGGGUGCCUGCCAGGUGGUGUUCACGCUGCUGUCAGGGCUGGUGGUGGACCGGGUCGGCCGCAAGGAAGCGGGAAGCCAGAUCUCUCCCUCGCUGGCCACCAUCAUGGUGGGUGCCUGCCAGGUGGUGUUCACGCUGCUGUCAGGGCUGGUGGUGGACCGGGUCGGCCGCAAGGUGCUGCUGAUUGUCUCUCACGCCCUCAUGAGUCUGUGCAUGUUUGCACUGGGUGCUUUCUUCUACCUCAAGACAACGGGCUGGGACGUGUCCUCUCUUGGCUGGCUGCCCAUCACCAGCAUCACCCUCUACUUCAUCUCCUUCGCCGUGGGUUCGGGCCCUCUGCCGUGGGUCGUCAUGGCCGAGGUGUUCCUGCCCAGCGUGAAGGGCGUGGCGGGAGCCAUCACCUGCCUCGUCAACUGGCUGCUCGCGUUCGCGGUCACCAAGCUGUUCGUGGACCUGGCGGUGGCUUGCGGGAUGCACUCCACGCUGUGGGUGUUCGCCGCCGUGUUGCUGUCGGGCACGGUGUUCGUGGGCCUCGUGGUGCCUGAGACGAAGGGCAAGACCACGGACCAGAUCUUCAGGGAGCUGAACGGUGGGCCGCCCGUCGAGGAGUCCCCGGGCUUCCCGUCUCUCUCCGAGAGCAUCCUCGAGUCCGAGCUCAGGGGCAGGUCGACACUCCGCGUCUGA